ACGUUUUCGCAAGCUCUUGGUCUGGAAUAUGGCUCUGGGAGAUUCUGGAAAGAAGAGCCAUGUGAACCCGAGAAUUCAGCCAGUUGCACUACUCUCGAAUGAUUAUUACAAUGUCCCAAGGAAGCUUCGCCAUCCUCAUCGGAGUCUUCCGGGCUGGAGCUACAAAGGCAGUUCACUGCCUGUGCCGGAGGAUGACGUUAGGACAGUUGACAAGGUCGAUGAAGCUGAAAAAAGAGACACAUGACAAGGGUGGAGAUGUGUCUGUAUACUUGUAUUUAGGUCGCGCUAUCGGAUUGUUUCUCGCAGUGGUUUUCACUGUCGCCAUGUCAAGCUUCGUCUUUCGUUUGUCGUUUCUCACGUUGUGGUCCAAUCUCGAAACACACAUCAGUUCGAUCCAACGCGUGAGGUGGUUCACACAGAAUGUACCAUCAGAACACCAACCCUCUGAGAGAAUUGAGAUCCCGCCAGGGUGGCCGUCGCAGGGGCUCAUUGAGUUCAGUCAUGUUCCUGCUGGGUAUAAGUAUGUUCGGUUCAUAGCCUUGAGAAUUAUGUGUUGACCGUGCUAUGAGGCAAUGGGGCCAACGAAGAAAAGACUGGCUGGAGACGGGUGCUGGUGCUUUGAUCAUGGAUACAGGGACACAAGACGGAAUGGUCUGAUGAAGUAGUGCUGAAUUACAGAAUCUUCUUGAUUGGUUGUUUAGAUAUCCAAUGCGUGUAUUUUCCACCGUGAUACUGUUUCCAUGUGCACAUUGCCGACUACCGGACUACUCUGUCACGCUGUCUUGGGUCUGGUCUGCAUCUG